UGGCAUAGCAACACUUCGGGACAGCAGCGCAGGACGAGAGGACUGUGUUCACAUUUGGGGACAUACACAGUUCACCCCAUACAGUCCUGCCCGCACUAUGGGGAGUGUGUUCUUGCCAGCGGAUGCAGCCCAUUCGGUGCUGCGCCGACUGCGCAGGGCCAACUCCAUGUUAGAGGAGAUGAAGCAAGGGAACAUUCAGCGGGAGUGCCGUGAGGAGACCUGCACCUAUGAAGAAGCGCGGGAGGCUUUUGAGAACGAUGAAAAGACGAAGCGUUUCUGGGAGGAGUAUGUGCAGGAAAGUAACCCAUCCGGUGGGCUGGACACAGCUGGAGCUGUCAAAUCCCUGUACUUUAUCGUGCCAUUGCUGCUGAUAGUUGUGAUUAUUGCUAUUAUUGCCAUCACUGUCUGGUGCUGCCACUUUCGCAAACAUCCGCAGCGCAGCCCGAGUCUGGGACAUUCUCACCAUGACCACGUCCUGUCAGUAGUCUCUAUGGACGCUUGGGGGCGGAGUUAUCCUCAUGGUGACCAAUCAGAACUGAGCAUCCACAGUAGUCCAGCUCACGGCGGGUCAGAGCCCACCACAUACAGAGGCAGCGCUGCAGACCCCCCUCCAUCAUAUGAGGAAGCUGUGGGUCACACAGAUGUUCAGAUAGAGACUGAGCCGCCCCCACAGUACGAUGACAUUGUCAACACCAGCACUACAUAUGUCAUCAGCAGCCGUGCAAAGUAAAAGUCUUAUUAGCUGCAGACAGUGGCAGUGGACUUUUAGCACUCCUGUAGCAUCACCAGCCAACCCAACUUGCUAAAUGGCUUUGUCUUUGUUGGAGCCAUGAGUUUGCACUAACCUUUUUUUGUCAUUUUAUACUAAGAACAAAGAGAUGUGAUGAAUUAAUUAAUUUAAUUUAGGAUUUAGGAUUUUACAAUCUAGCAAAUGGUUGAACUGGGCAUAAAUAUUGUUGCAUGUGACAGAAUCGGUCGGAUUGCCAUAAGUCUGCAAUAAUAAUAUGCAAAUAGAAGAUGCAUUGUUGGGCAGUGCCAAAUGCUUUAUACUAACUUAAGUUACACGAGUUAUUACAAUUACAUAAGGUUUGUAAAAACAAAUUAUUUUUACUCAGAAAGAUCAUGAGUUAUGUCUAGUUGGUGCAUUUGAUACAAAGUCAUCAAGUCAAAACAGCAAAAACAAAUGCAUCCAUUCGUCUAAACCUUUGGUGUUGCGGUGUAAUAUAAAAUGUAAAUACUGUAUAUGCUAUAUGAAUCUAUGCAGCCAAGUAGUGGUGCUUGGAGUUCAUAAUUUAAUACCCUAUGUUGAUUGCUCGUAAGGGUGACCAGGGAGCAUAACUGUGAAAGUCCCUCUUGUGUCUCCCUCUUAUAGAAAAAUCUAACUAAUACUGGCUACAGAACUACAAAAACUAGCUAUUCUGUGCAUACUAACUGUGCACUGAAAGUGGAAAGUUUCAAGACAAGAAAAUGUGAAGAAGGAAAAAGAAAGAAAGGCAAUAUUGGGCGGUGAUGCAAAAUGAAAGAAGUUGUAAUAUGUAUUCCUUAUGAAGACUGCUUAGAUUGUAUAAUCAAAUUGUAUGUAAAAGAUCUUGUGUAUGAAUGGAAACUACAUUUACUGCAUGUGAAUGCAGUAAAUGAACAUACUUGUAUGUAUUAAUUGAUUAUGUAAGCACUUUCUGUUGAUGCUCAUUUGAGCUGUGUAAUGAAAUAUAGGAUGGUCGUGCUAAUGUCUUUGCAAAUUUCUUAAAAAAAUGUUUUAUGCAAUAAUGCUACAUAAAGUCCUACAACCAGAUACCUUUACCUAACGUACACUGAAGCGGAAUCCACAUUAGCGCUGCUUUAGUUUUUACUGUACCUUGAGAUGAUUCUGAACCUCAGCACUUGACACAUUCUGACAGACUUGUAUACUUACUGGUAAAGGGCUCUAAAGUACUGUUACAUACAUUUUUAUAAUGCCUUAUAUUGAAUAUGAUAUAUUAACACUAAUGCAAAGAAUAUUGUUUAAUAUUGUGUUAAAGCUUGAAAUAUUUGUCUAAAGAAUAAAAAUUUCACUUUUCUAAACUC